CUCUCUCCCUCCAACUCACUCUCGUUAUUGGAACCACUCCCCUCCCUCACCCCCCUGGCCAGUAGCGUCUAAGCCCACGCGCCAUUUUUUUAAAAGGGGGAUUCAACACUCCGACCUGCUCUUCUCUGGCCGGCGUCGAAACGAAGUGGACCUUGUUCCUAGGUGUAGUGUUUUGUGUAUUUUAGGAACAACGUAAAACAUAUAUAUAUUUUUCUUUUUACGAAACAUUAAACAAUUCAUCCAUUGACGUCCGAGUCGUGGGAGACUUGAGUGUCGGGAACCAACAAUAACCUGGAACCAUGAAGUGGGGUUGGGUGUUUCUGGGGGCCCUGCUCUCCUUGGGGUCCCUGUCCUGGGGGGAGAAGGGUCUGGAGAUCCCUGAGUAUGAUGGGAAAGACCGCGUCCAUGAUCUCAACGCUAAGAAUUACAAAUCUGUGAUGAAGAAGUACGAUGUGAUGGUGAUCUACUACCACGCACAUGUGGAGAACAACAAAAACGCCCAGAAAGCUUUUGAGAUGGAGGAACUCGCCCUGGAGCUUGCAGCCCAGGUUCUUGAUGAUAUCGAUGAUGAAGACAUUGGAUUCGGUCUUGUGGAUGAGAAGAAGGACCUCUCUGUCGCCAAGAAGCUGGGUCUGGAUGAGGUGGAGAGCAUCUACAUCUUUAUUGAUAAUGAGAUCAUUGAGUAUGACGGUGAGCUGGCCGCUGACACCCUAGUGGAGUUCCUCUACGACGUGAUUGAGGACCCCGUGGAGAUAAUUGAUAAUGAGCGUGAGCUGAAGGGCUUCCACAACAUUGACGAGGACAUCAAGCUGGUCGGCUACUUCAAGAGUGAAAAAUCGCCCCACUUCAUUGAGUAUGACGAUGCUGCCGAGGAGUUCCAUCCAUUCAUCAAGUUCUUCGCCACCUUUGACCCCAAGAUUGCCAAGAAGCUGAAUAUGAAGUUGAACGAGGUUGACUUCUACGAGCCCUUCAUGGAGGAACCAGUGACCAUCCCAGGAAAGCCGUACACUGAGGCUGAGCUUGUAGACUACAUUGAGGAGCAUGACAGGCCCACUCUGAGGAAGCUCGAGCCCCACAGCAUGUACGAGACCUGGGAAGAUGACAUUGAUGGAGAGCACAUUGUAGCCUUCGCUGAGGAGGAUGACCCUGAUGGUUUUGAGUUCCUGGAGAUCCUGAAAGAGGUGGCCCGUGAAAACACUGACAACCCCGACCUCAGCAUCAUCUGGAUCGACCCCGACGACUUCCCCCUGCUUGUGCCCUACUGGGAGAAGACCUUCGGCAUUGACCUCGGUUCCCCUCAGAUCGGUGUUGUGGAUGUGGAAGAUGCCGACAGUGUGUGGAUGGAGAUGGAUGAUGAUGAGGACAUGCCCACUGCUGAUGAGCUUGAGGACUGGAUCGAGGAUGUGCUGUCCGGAAAGAUUGAUCCAGAUGAUGAUGAUGAUGACGAUGAUGAUGAUGACGACGACGAUGAUGAUGAUGAUGAUGAUGACGACGAUGAUGAUGACGAUGAGGAUGACGACGAUGACGAUGAUGACGACGAUGACGACGAAGAUGACGAUGACGACGACGACGAUGAUGAUGAUGAUGAAUAAAAGCUUACUUGCCAUCCUUGGGUUGGCUCGGCUUUAGCCAACAGUGGCCGAAAGCUGGCACCAAUCAUCAGUUUCCUAACAUCUCGUCAAACACAUGUUGUGUCCCUUCCUGUUUGCUUCCUGUAUCUCUUUCUCAAAGCCCUGAUCAGAUAGUCUGGUGAUAUGCCAAAAGGGCAACACCUAAAUCAAAUUGACUCACAGGAGGUUGGUGGCACCUUAAUUGGGGAGGAAGGGCUUGUGGUAAUUGCUGGAGCGGAUUAGGUGGAAUACUAUCAAAUACAUCAAACACAUGGUUUGAUGCCAUUCCCUUUGCUCUGUUCCAGCCGUUAUUAUGAGCUGCCCAACCCUCAGCAGCCACAACUGAUUUCACUGGGUGAGAAAAGACAUGGAAGCAGGGGGAAAUUUUUGUCUGUGAAAAGAAAAUGGGUUGCGGCUCAAAUGUAAGAUCAGUGUUCCUUGUUCAGUAUGAAACGUUUGUCUCUCUCUUCAUGUGGUUAUAACUGUGAGUGUGUGUGAGGACAAAUCUGAGGAAAACUAAGACAUAGUCUCUCUUCAUGUGGUUAUAACUGUGAGUGUGUGUGAGGACAAAUCUGAGGAAAACUAAGACAUAGUCUCUCUUCAUGUGGUUAUAACUGUGAGUGUGUGUGAGGACAAAUCUGAGGAAAACUAAGAUAUAGUCUCUCUUCAUGUGGUUAUAACUGUGAGUGUGUGUGAGGACAAAUCUGAGGAAAACUAAGAUAUAGUCUCUCUUCAUGUGGUCAUAACUGUGAGUGUGUGUGAGGACAAAUCUGAGGAAAACUAAGAUAUAGUCUCUCUUCAUGUGGUUAUAACUGUGAGUGUGUGUGAGGACAAAUCUGAGGAAAACUAGUAUGUUUGACUUAGUUUUAUCGCCUUUUUCACAAUCAGGGUUGCUCCCUUUCCCCUCUCUCAUUUGUUCCAUUUGUCUGUACUCUGUAACAUCUACAUGUUUUCUACUGGUAAAGAGAAGAAACAUGGUACUAUAUUGUACUAUAUUGUAUUAUUUUUUAAUGAGAAGGAAACUUAACCUCACUGAAAUGUCUUAAGACAUGUCUUAAGAAAAAAUCAGUUUCGAAGAGUGAUUAUGAAGAUCUUGGAAUUCACAAAAAGACUAAAUAACUUGAUUGUUUCUGGUCCAAUAUUGGAAAAAAAAUGGAAAAAAACAAACAAUUAAAAAUGUAAUAUGGUUGUUUGUCAUAAUUUCUACAUGAAUGUGGAAGUGUCUUUGUGUUUGUGUGACACGACAAAAUUUCUACAAACAAAAGCCACAUAAAUGUGAAACCUAUAAUAACCAGUACAUAUUUUGAUGAUGUUGAAGCUUUACACAUCAAAUAUAAUCUAAUUCAAGACUCUUGAGAAUGUCAGAGAGACAAGACUGUGUCAACUUUCAUGGUUUCACAAAACUAAAAGGUGCUAAAUUCUCACAGGAGCAAACAUUUCGUGAAUCUGUCCCAGAGAGUAUU